AUGUCUUUCAUAACAAAUUUUGACAUCCACCUGGCACCGAAACUAGAAACAAAUAGCCAGAAGCUUGUGUGUUUGUUGCAAUAUUGUGAAGAGAGAAUUCGUGCACAAUUAGAAUACUUCACAAAGAAGCCUGAGAAUGGAUACAAGCUUGCUAGGCAGAGGCUGUUUGAAGAAUAUGGUCAGCCUCAUAUUAUCGCUGGUGCAUGUGAAAGAGUUCUAAAAGAGUUUCCAAGUGUGCGUGAUGACAAGCCAGAGCAGCUAUUGCAAAUAUCACAAGUAAUGGAGCGAUGCCUGGGAACUCUAGAAGACAUUGAUGAAUUUGCAAAUGUAAACACCCUGGACACUAUGGGAAUGCUGAUGGCUAAACUUCCUGAAGAUGUUCAGGAUGGCUGGCCACAUGAAGCCCUCAGAAUUCAAAGAAAGACUGGUCGUCAGGCAAAAUAUUGUCACUUGGUCGAUUAUGUUUGUAAUUGGGCGGAUGUGAAAAAUUCAAUGUAUGGGAAAAAGCUUAAUGAGAUUCGUCACAAAAAGAUUCCUGUGAGUGUGAGGAGAAACAGAGCUGCAACCUAUAAUAUUGAUGCUGAGGCCAAAAGGGAACACAUUGAUCAAAAACGGGAUUUGGGAUGUGUAUGUUGUCUCAAACCGCACAAUUUGUGGAACUGCCCGGACUUCAAGAGUAAAUCGCAUGAAGAAAAGGAGAAAUCGAAAAAGCCUGAAGAGGGACCUGCUGUAUAUUCAUUGGCAAAGUCGUCAAAGUGCAAUGGGAAAAGUAUCGGGCAAGAUGUUUAUUUAUGUGUGGUGCCGGUCAAUGUUCGAAAUGGUGAAAAGACCGCUCAAACAUACGCCUUGCUGGAUCCGGCAUCUACAGUUACUCUGUGUAGUGAACGUUUGAUGGAAUAUCUCGAAGUAACAGGAAAUACUAGAGAUAUCACAUUACGCACAAUUGGACAGAGGCCAAUACAAUACAAGGGUAUAUCUGGCAGUUUAGUUGUAUCGCCGCUAGAUGGUGGUGCUGAACAUGAAAUCACAGAUGUGCUCUCGGUUGAAAAAAUUCCUGCUAAGCCGAAUAAAGCGCCCGACCAAAGGUUCCUCAAAAUCAUGCCGCAUCUUCAAGAUGUAAGAUUGCCUAUCUUGGAAGGAGGAACAGUGAAUCUUCUGAUUGGUGCUGACAAUGCGGAACUCGUCUGUUUCCAAGAUGUUCGAAAUGGACCGAGGAAAGCACCUAAGGCAGUGAAGACUGUUCUUGGCUGGUCGCUGUUCGGACCCAGUUUUGAGUCGCCAUCAGAUAUCAGAGAAGUUCAUUUUACAUCUGAUCAUUAUGUCAAUUUCGUCAAGUGUAAUGAUUUGGAAACACAAAAGGAAAUUGAAACUCUGUGGACAACAGAUUUUGGCAAUGAAACUUCAGUUCUUGAUAUUCCAAAUUCUCGAGAAGAUCGAGCAGUGUAUGAAAUUAUGCAAAAUUCGGUGAAACAUAUUGGUGGUCAUUUUCAACUUCCUUUGCCAUGGAGAACCGGGAUGCAGUAUCUACCGGAUAACAAAGAGAUGGCGAAGAAAAGACUUUUAGCCUCAAAAAUAGACUGA